UCCGAUACGGGGCUCUGAAAAAACAAAAUAGGCUUUAUAUUAAGCAGGUCGGAUCCCAAAAUAUACACGGAGAAGAUGAACAUGGACUUUUGGAGAGUGGUUUUCAAGGAGCAAAUUGAAGCAGUGAAACCGAGAGAUUUCUGGAGACUAACAAUGGAUCGGAGCCUUGACUUCCAUAAUGUGGCAUCUCCAUGGAGGAAAUCGCUGCAGGAACACGCUCACGGAAGCUUUACAUGUUCACGAUGCUACCACAGCUGGUCCUCACAUCAAGUUGUCAUCUUGUUCCAUAUGCACCUGGAGCAAUACGGGAAUCAAGGGUCGGUCAGGAUGAGGACCUUCAGGCAGCGAUGCUACCAGUGCUCUUCAGACAAGUACGAAGAGCCACAGUUCAGCGAGGAGGAUGUUGCCGAUAUCGUGGAGUGCUUGAUCCUCAGCAUCAGAAAGAAAUGCUACAGUGAACACUUAGAUGACAGCAGACUCUUUGAGGUGGUACAUGAGAACAGGGGCCCUCAUAAGCAUGAGCAUUGUGAAGCUUGUCACCUGGGAAUACACAAUGCACAUUAUAGGCGGUCUAGAGGUUCUGGUCAUCAUAGGGAGCCCCCAAAACCAGCAUAUCUCUCGCCCAGUCUGCAGGAGAGCAAGGCAAGCUCAACCACUUACAGCUCCUUGGCAACACUAGAAUAUGAAGCAUUUGCAAACCACGCUGACCCCAGUUUUUGCCGGGAAUGUUGCUCUUGUUUCAUUGCUCUUGUGAUUGUGAUUGUUGUAUUCAUUGUCUGCUGGAAUAAGAAUUAA